AGGCGCGCUAACAUGGCUUGGCUGCGGACCCACACGCGCUGAGGCAACCUGGAGCUAUUCACCGUCACCGACCUGACCCGAGCUUCUACUUAAACUACCACGCCCGCCUGCACUCCACCCAUCACCCCCAUCUCCCGCCACACACCCCCCGUCAACUCUACCGCGCAGCAGCUCCCGGUAGCACCUUUCGCCCAGUACACCUAUUCCACCGCUGCAAACAUCUACAUAAAGUACCACAAUGUCCGCUGAACCCGCCCGCAAGCCGGACCUGUCCAAGGACCCCUCCGGCGCUGAGCCCAAGGGCGACGAUGAGAUCGCAACAGCCAUCCUCAAGAAGAAGAAGAAGCCCAACUCCCUCAUUGUCACCGACGCCGUCAACGAUGACAACUCAAUUAUUGCCCUCUCGAACAACACCAUGGAGACACUCCAGCUCUUCCGUGGCGACACCGUCCUUGUCAAGGGCAAGAAGCGCAAGGACACAGUCUUGAUCGUGCUGGCAGAUGACGACCUCGAUGAUGGCUCAGCACGGAUAAACCGUGUUGUCCGCCACAACCUGCGCGUCAAGCACGGUGACGUUAUCACCAUCCACCCAUGCCCAGACAUCAAAUAUGCCAAGCGCAUCGCGGUUCUUCCUAUUGCAGACACAGUCGAGGGCAUCACUGGCUCAUUAUUCGACGUUUUCCUCGCCCCAUACUUCCGCGAAGCCUACCGGCCAGUACGACAGGGCGACACAUUCACCGCCCGCGGUGGUAUGCGACAAGUGGAGUUCAAGGUUGUAGAGGUCGACCCCCCAGAGUUCGGUAUCGUUGCACAAGAUACCGUCAUCCACUGCGAGGGCGAGCCGAUCCAGCGCGAGGACGAGGAGGGCAACCUCAACGAGGUCGGGUACGACGACAUCGGCGGCUGCCGCAAGCAGAUGGCACAGAUCCGUGAGCUUGUUGAGCUGCCGCUAAGGCAUCCCCAGCUCUUCAAGUCGAUCGGUAUCAAGCCGCCCCGCGGUAUCCUCAUGUACGGUCCUCCGGGUACCGGUAAGACGCUCAUGGCUCGCGCUGUGGCCAACGAGACCGGUGCUUUCUUCUUCCUGAUCAACGGUCCCGAGAUCAUGUCGAAGAUGGCUGGAGAGUCUGAGUCCAACCUGCGCAAGGCCUUCGAGGAGGCCGAGAAGAACUCGCCCGCGAUCAUCUUCAUCGACGAGAUCGACUCGAUCGCCCCCAAGCGUGACAAGACCAACGGUGAGGUCGAGCGUCGUGUCGUCUCGCAGCUGCUCACCCUCAUGGACGGCAUGAAGGCACGCUCCAACGUCGUCGUCAUGGCCGCCACCAACCGUCCCAACUCGAUCGACCCUGCGCUGCGUCGUUUCGGCCGCUUCGAUCGUGAGGUCGACAUUGGCAUCCCUGACCCAACUGGCCGUCUUGAGAUCAUGCAGAUCCACACCAAGAACAUGAAGCUCGGCGACGACGUCGACCUCCAGGUUAUUGCCGCCGAGACUCACGGCUACGUCGGUUCCGAUUUGGCCUCGCUCUGCUCCGAGGCUGCCAUGCAGCAGAUUCGUGAGAAGAUGGAUCUGAUUGACUUGGACGAGGACACAAUCGACGCCGAGGUGCUCGACUCUCUCGGUGUUACGAUGGAGAACUUCCGCUUCGCUCUCGGCAUCUCCAACCCCUCCGCUCUCCGCGAGGUCGCAGUUGUCGAGGUCCCCAACGUCCGAUGGGAGGAUAUUGGUGGUCUCGAGGAGGUCAAGCGCGAGCUCAUCGAGUCCUUCCUCAAGUUCGGCAUGUCGCCUUCGCGUGGUGUGCUGUUCUACGGUCCUCCCGGUACUGGUAAGACGCUGCUCGCCAAGGCUGUUGCCAACGAGUGCGCUGCCAACUUCAUCUCCGUCAAGGGGCCCGAGCUGCUCUCCAUGUGGUUCGGUGAGUCUGAGAGCAACAUCCGUGACAUCUUCGACAAGGCCCGCGCCGCCGCACCCUGCGUCGUUUUCCUUGACGAGCUCGACUCGAUUGCCAAGUCUCGUGGUGGUUCCCAGGGCGAUGCUGGCGGUGCUUCCGACCGUGUGGUCAACCAGCUGCUUACUGAGAUGGACGGCAUGACAUCGAAGAAGAACGUCUUCGUCAUUGGUGCCACCAACCGACCGGAGCAGCUCGACAACGCGCUGUGCCGUCCUGGACGUCUCGACACCCUUGUCUACGUUCCCCUGCCCGACCAGGCUUCCCGUGUCAGCAUCCUGAAGGCACAGCUUCGCAAGACCCCUGUUGCGUCGGACAUCAACAUCGACUUCAUCGCCUCCAACACACACGGCUUCUCCGGUGCCGAUCUUGGCUUUGUCACACAGCGCGCUGUCAAGCUCGCUAUCAAGCAGUCGAUUGCUGCCGACAUUGAGCGUCGCAAGGCGGCUGCUGCUGCCGGCGAGGACGUCGACAUGCUGGAGGAGGAGGACUCGGUGCCGGAGCUCACCAAGGCCCACUUCGAGGAGGCGAUGCGCUCUGCCCGCCGCUCCGUCACAGAUGUUGAGAUCCGCCGCUACGAGGCGUUUGCACAGUCGAUGAAGAACUCGGGCGGCUCGAGCUUCUUCCGCUUCCCCGAUGGCGAGCAGGCUGCGGAUGAGCAGACGUUUGGCAACGCUGGCGAGGACGAGGAUCUGUACAACUAAGGGAUUUUGGGUUACGAGUGUUAUGGAUGACAGACAGGGUCAUCUUGGCGGAUUCAUCUCUCACAUAUUCACAUGGAAUAGAUAGAGCUCUAAUUGGCGCAUGACGAGGCGGUAUGCUCUGCAUGCCGAAUGAUUGUAUGUUUACGAAUAGUUUUUUGUGAUUAUGUGAUGGUUGUGUUGUUGUUGCUGGCCUGUCAUGUGAUUGCUGGCCUGUGGUAUCAUCGCUGUCGUUUCAUGCAGAUAUCAAGAAGAGACAUCAAAAUCACCCCUUCUCCCCUAAUCCAUCUCAAUAACAACGACCCUCUCCAGCUCUCUCCUCACAACCUUACACCCCUCCUUGACAACCUCAUCCGGCACCCUCAACGCGCCCUCCUCCCCAUCCCC